UUCUUCAGUUCUUCUUUUCUCUUCCCUCCUUAACCCCCCUCUCUGAAAAAUCUGUAAAAAUCAGAAUUUCUGUUGUUUGUUUAUAAUCUUUGAAGGGCUUUGAAAUCAUGGACGGAGGUGGUGGAGCUGUUGGCGGUGGUGCAGUAGGACAGUAUAAUCCAAGAACAGUGGAAGAAGUUUUUAGAGAUUUCAAAGGAAGAAGAAGUGGAAUGAUUAAAGCUCUUACUCAAGAUGUUAAAGAGUUUUACCGCCAAUGUGAUCCUGAGAAGGAAAACUUGUGCUUGUAUGGGUUUCCUAGUGAGCAGUGGGAGGUCAAUUUGCCUGCUGAAGAAGUCCCCCCUGAACUUCCAGAACCUGCACUGGGUAUUAACUUUGCUAGAGAUGGAAUGCAAGAAAAAGACUGGUUAGCUUUAGUUGCAGUCCACAGCGAUGCAUGGCUUCUAGCUGUUGCAUUUUAUUUUGGUGCUAGAUUUGGAUUUGAUAAAAAUGAAAGGAAACGUUUAUUUACUAUGAUGAAUGAUCUCCCAACCAUCUUUGAAGUUGUGACUGGAAAUGCAAAGAAACAUGUGAAGGAAAAGUCUUCAGUUUCAAAUCACAGCAGCAACAAACCCAAGUCGAACUCCAAAAUGCCGCGAGCAUCUGAGCCUCAGCUCACCAAGUAUGCCAAGCCAACACCACCCCCAAGGGAAGACGAUGAGGGUUUAGAGGACGACGAAGAGGAUGAACAUGGGGACGCUUUAUGUGGUGCAUGUGGUGAGAACUACGCUGCGGAUGAGUUUUGGAUCUGCUGUGACAUCUGCGAGAAAUGGUUCCAUGGAAAAUGUGUGAAGAUAACUCCAGCUAGGGCUGAACAUAUCAAGCAAUACAAAUGUCCAUCUUGCAGCAACAAGAGAUCACGCCCUUGAUAAUAACAGUGGUGCCUUUUCCUAUCUCUCACUAUUUGUAAUUCUUCGUAAAAUGGUGAAGUCUUGCUAAAAUACUAACUGUCUUUUAUCUCUUUCGCCUGCCCUUGUUUAGGCAUAGCAUGUGUUUGAGUUUCCUGGAUUUUGCAAAUUCUGUGUCUGUCUUGAACAUUUCUAUGUUUAGGUCUUAAAAAUUGUCCUUUAUUGGAUUCUUAAUUUUAGGGUCACAAUUAUAUUUUUCCCUUCAAUAGGAAAUUGAUUUUGACCUUUAUUUUUCUCGUA